CUCUCCUCUUAACCCUUCCAAUCCUGCUUUCCUUUCUUAUCUUCCCAUGACACUUUGAGAGUUCAAGUUUCCUUUUCUUUCCUACAAAUCCAAAAUAAUAGUUUUAGUUUACAAAAUGGCUGUGGAACUCAUGGGGUUCCCAAAACUAGACGAACAAAAGGCCAUUCAAGAAGCCGCAUCAGAAGGCCUCAAGGGCAUGAAACACCUGAUCCGAACCCUUUCCAACCAACCCUCUCACUUAAACACCGAACUUACCGACGUUACCGUUUCAAAGUUCAAGAAACUUAUUUCACUCUUAAAUCGAACCGGCCACGCCCGGUUCAGACGCGCCCCGGUUCAGUACUCAUCUCCACACGCACCCGUUCACAACACUAACGCUUCCACCUCAUCAAUUCAACUCCCUCCUCCGCCGCAAAACCCUAAUAUUCCCGCGCUGGCGCAGUUUCCUACUCCGGCGCCGGUGGCCGUGCACCACACGCCGGUGACGCUCGAUUUCACGAAGCCGCACAACGCGCUUCUGAGCUCCAACGCCAAAUCCGUCGAGCUCGAGUUCUCGAAGGAAACCUUCAGCGUUUCCUCUAACUCCUCUUUCAUGUCCUCCGCGAUCACCGGCGACGGCAGCGUCUCCAAUGGGAAGAUUUUCCUCGCGCCACCGGCGACCUCCGCCGGAAAACGUCCGGCGUUCAAGAAGCGGUGCCACGAACACCGCGAACACUCCGACGAUGUCUCCGGCAACAGCAAGUGCCACUGCGUUAAGCGAAGGAAAAAUAGGGUGAAGAGCACUGUGAGAGUGCCGGCGAUUAGUUCAAAAGUCGCCGAUAUUCCACCGGACGAGUACUCGUGGAGGAAGUACGGUCAGAAACCGAUCAAGGGUUCCCCAUACCCAAGGGGUUACUACAAGUGCAGCACGAUUAGAGGGUGCCCAGCGAGGAAGCACGUGGAGCGCGCACCAGACGAUCCUGCAAUGCUGAUAGUGACGUACGAGGGGGAGCACAGGCACGCGGUUCAGGCUGCGAUGCAGGAGAACGCAGCCGGGGUGGUGGGGUUGGUGUUCGAGUCAACGUAGAGAAUGAGAAAGAAGGUCCAAUAAAAAAAUAAUAAUAAAUUUGGAAGUGGAGGACUUUUUUAAAAAAUAUAUAUAUAUAUAAUUUUUGGAAAGUGUAGUGGGAAGAACCAAGAAGUAAGGACAAUGGCUGCCUUGUAAAUUUGUUUUAUUUUUAUCUUUAUUAUUAUUGUUAUAUUUUAGUUGUCAUAGACUCGUAGAGAGGUGAAAAAUGGAAUCUCAAGUUGUUUAUUUAUUUCUAUAUCUCCUUUGUCAAAAGUCUUGAUGGUUAUGAUUA